AUGACUGACCACGAGAGCCUAGUAGGCUCAUAUAUCCACCUCGCAAAGGAGCAGCGAGCAAGUGAUGCACUCCACACAUUAAAGAAGAUUGCCUCACAGGUAAAGCCGAUGAUGAGGGCUCGCGGCUGGAAAGUCGGCCAGUUGACAGAGUUUUAUCCCGACCAAACAAAUCUACUAGGCUUAAACGUAAACAGAGGAGCAAAGAUAUGUCUCCGACUACGCUACCCCGGAGACAGGAACCAGUUCCUACCGUUUGAAAAUAUCCUCGACACCAUGCUCCACGAACUGGCGCACAUUGUCCACGGCCCGCACAACCAGCAGUUCCACGCGCUAUGGGACCAACUCCGCGACGAGUGUCAAGGCCUGAUCAUGAAGGGAUACACCGGCGAGGGAUUCCUCGGCCACGGACAGCGACUAGGCGGCGCCAGAAUGCCAGACCGGGAGGCACGUCGUCUUGCGCGCGAAGCCGCAGAGAAGCGACGCAUUCGUGCAACUAUCAGCAAGGGUUCGGGCCAGAAGCUGGGUGGCUCUGCACCGCGACCAGGACAGGAUAUUCGACAGAUUAUCGCGAGUGCGGCUGAGAGACGGAACGUUGUUCUCAAGGGAUGCGGAAGCCAGCGCUUCAACGAUAGGGAAAUUGUUGAAAUUGCUGAUACGGCCACGAGGAAUGGGUUCAGGACACAGGCCGAGGAGGAUGAAGCGAAUGAAACUGCAAUCGCUCAGGCACUCUGGGAACUUGUCCAGGAAGAUGAGAAGACGAAAUACGGCACGUCAUACGUGCGGCCAUCGGCUAACCAUCCGGAAGGUAAAGGCGGAGGAUCACUUAUACCAACGAUAGCUGCGGCUGGAGCUGGAGAUGAAGCACUGGCUCCUGCUGCCGGUCCAGCGACAGCCAGCCGGGAACCGACAGCCCGGGAUGCAGGCACAAAUGGGACUGAGAACACGAGAGAACCAAACUUUUGGGUAUGCGAGACCUGCACGUUACAUAAUCCACUGGCAUAUCUCGCCUGCGAAGCAUGUGGUUCAGAACGGACACAAUCCAAAAGAGCACGACCUGCAGACUAUUCAAGCGAACCGGCAAAGAAGAGCAGUAUGACUGCAUCUACCACGGGUACCAUAGACUUGACGCGAGAUAGUCCACCGAAGAAGAAGAGGCAUGACGGUGCUGUACCAGGCAAGAAGGCGACGUCCACCUCGGAUCCGUCGCCUUCAACUGCUGCCGAAGCGCCCUGGGUGUGGAUAUGCAGCUUCUGUGGGACAGCUAUGGAGCGACAGUGGUGGACGUGUUCCCUAUGUGGCAAGAUGAAGGAGAGCUCUAAAUGA